GCGACCAGAGAUGACCUCGGUCACGUGACCCGCAGACAGCCUGGGCGCCGCUUCUGCUGCGUGUCUGCAUGUGUGUAUGUUGCUUCUCACACACUGCCUGACUGUGGUUGACUGAGGCGCACCGAGGAGCUGCUUGCCGACUUCACAGACACAUAGAGAAAGGCAGCUUAGCUCGAGCAGUAAAACAUGGAGCUCUCGGCGGCGGGAGAUCGCAUUUUCGCCGCAGAAGCUAUACUGAAACGGCGCGUCCGUAAGGGAAGACUUGAAUAUCUGGUGAAAUGGAAGGGAUGGGCAAUGAAGCACAGCACUUGGGAGCCUGAGGAGAAUAUUCUGGAUGACAGGCUGAUUUUGGGCUUUGAGCAAAAGGAACGCGAAAGGGAAAUGAGCGGACCAAAAAAGCGGGGUCCAAAACCAAAAAACCUAGCCAUGAAGACUCAAACUCCAAAAGGAGAGACCAGCAGUCGAGCGUCAAGUAGCCGUCAGAACACGCCUCGUUUGUCUCUGUCCACCUCUAGCAGGGCAGCUUUCUCUUCUGCCCCUGCUCCUAAUUUACCAUCACCCUCUUCCUCUUCAAAUAUGGGCCCCACUCCUAAACUCAACUCUCUCGCAGCGACGCACAAGUUGAAGAAAGACAUUCACCGCUGCCACCGGAUGUCCAGGCGCCCUCUUCCUCGUUCAGACCCCAUGGCAUCGUCCUAUUCUACUUCGGGUGGCUUCCCCUCCCGCAUGCACGUCUCCCCAUUUUCUGAGACCGUCCGCAUCCUGAACCGUCGAGUCAAACCUCGUGAAGUCAAGAGGGGUCGGAUAAUCCUCAACCUGAAAGUCAUCAAGCCAAGCAGGGGUAGCACAGGUGCAAAGAAUAUUACAACCGGACGCCAAAACAUCCCUUCACGCAAUCGCAUCAUUGGUAGGAAGGGAGAGGCACCUUACAGACCCUUCCAGCCUCCUCUGAAGAUGUUGGGAUUCCCAAUGUAUGGUAAGCCGUUUGGGCUGCAGUGUGGAGGUCCCAUGUCAUUUUACUCCCAUAUGGGGUCAUGCACCAGCACAGGAGCUAGGAACAGCCACAGCACUUCCUCACAGUACCAGGCACCUCCUUCUCCUUCCAGCUCCAGUGGUUCUGAAGGAAAGUCUUGCACCAAUACCACAGCUAAACUGUCUCCGCCCCCUGCUGAGGCCUCACCUUUCAGCAAGUCCAAUAAAGCUCUCGCAGAAACCCAGAAAAAUUCACCUGCUCGGGUCUCAUCCUCAGAUGCAAACCCUGGAGUCUUAGCAUCUUCCUUCCUCCCUUCAUCUCCAUCUUCUUCUUUAGAAGAUGAAGAACAGAGUUCCAUGGACCAUUCAGCACCCUCAGAUACUGGCAAGAAAAAUCCUCGCCAACACAAAGCUAAACAUCAGUCGCCCUCUGUUCUUUCCCCCGUUACUCCAGCAGAACAAACCCCUACCUCCGUUGAACCCCAAAGAGUACCUGCUGAGGGAGACCCCGACUGGCACCCUGAAAUGGCACCAAGCUGCAAGGAUGUGGUUGUGACAGACGUGACUACCAACCUUGUCACGGUCACCAUAAAAGAGUUCCCCACUCCCGCUUCCGGGCCCUCCUCACCUUCAGCUGGUCUGGAAAACGCUUCUUCUCCUGCUCCUGUCACAGUGCCCGAGGAGCCGUCUUCUGCAAAGCCAGCGGUGGUGGUGGUAACAGUCGGUGGAUGUUUAUGCGGUCUCCAUGGUAACGCAAGGAGGAGAGAGCAGCUUGGCAACACAGAGGGGGAGAGAGUGAGCAUCUUUGGUCCAGACAGCACGGUGCCAUCGAUAUCCCACUCAGAGAGUGACACGAUGAAGUUCCUGGUGAUGCUGGUGGGAGCGGGCGCUCUAGCCUUCCUCGGAGCGGUUAUCUGCAUCAUCGCCAGCGUCUACCCCCGGAAACGCGGCGCGCUUCCCAGCGACAACGACACUCUGACAUCAGAAGCGCUGCUCCAGCCCCUGGAGCCCGCAUCGGUGGCUCACGCCGGACCGCUGGGCGCCCUCCACGGCGCUGGCUCCCACGACGGAGGAAACGGACUCGGCGGGAUCGACUUGGAAGUUCCCACUUUGAACGAGCUGAACGUGGGGAAGGAGACAAGUGGCGGCUCGGCGAAACAGUUCAGCUUCAGCCGACUCAUCUGCACUCCCGUGCCUGUGGGAGACUGCAAGCCCAAAGAUCUGAGGCAGCAGCGGGAGCAGGAGCAGCAGGAUGACCCGCUUUAUGGAACCGGAGACGAAGACCUACGGACAACCGCGGAGGGGCUCCGGCAGAUGGUCCUGCGGCAGAACGACCAGAUCCUUAUGGACAAGAGGACCAUCCGGGAGCUGACGGGGAAGCUGAGUGAGUGUGAGAGUGGCCUGGAAGACGAGAGGCCCGCCCCGGCGCGGAGCGUCGGAGUGUGGAGCGGGAACCGCCGCGUCAUGGCCGGGGACGAUGUGAGUUCCUCCGCCGCUGCGCAGCUGCAGACGGCGCGGGCCGUGGAGGAGCUGGCCAGGGCCAUCAUGGACCUCAAGGACCGCAUAGAGAAACUGGAGGCAGAAAUUGGGCCUGGGGCUUUGAACCUAACCGACACAUCCGCAGGCGCAGGUAGCAGUAGCAACAGUGGCAGCAGCCAAACUGGUAGCAAAGCUCCAGCUCCAUCCGCAAGCGGUGCUUCCUCCCCAACGGCGGGGGGUGCCUCAGGGGGCCGUCGUCCAGCUCCCCCAGGUCCCCCUGGCCCUAGACCGUCUUCAAAGGUUUCCCCUGGGCGAGGAAAGACCACGUGGAGGGUUGAGGACCUGGAGGGGGAAUUAGAGAGGAAGAUAAAAAUGCUGGAGAUGGAACGGCAGGCCAUGAGGAAGGAGACCCAGGGCCAACAUGAGAAGAUCAACAAGGGCAUUGAUACCGUCACUCAUCGAGUCACGGAGCUGGAACACACAAUGACAGAACCUCCGUUUCCCGAUGGCUUCGUCCUCUCCUUCCCCAUGCGGACCAGCUACAUGUAUGGCCUGGUGAGAAAGGAGAUCACUGAGAUGUAUGCCUUCACUGCCUGCGUAUGGCUCAAGGCCACGGAGGGGGGCAUCGGGACUCCCUUCUCCUACUCUGUGGCGGGGCAGCCCAAUGAGCUGGUUCUGCUGCAGGGUGUCCACAAUCCUGUGGAGCUGCUUAUCAAUGACAAGGUGGCACAGCUGCCUCUGUCCCUACCGCAGAACGAGUGGCAGCACAUCUGUGUCAGCUGGACUCUGAGGGACGGAGUGUGGAAGGCUUACCAGGGAGGAAAGAUGAAAGGAAGGGGGGAGGGGCUGGCUGCCUGGCAUCCCAUCAAACCCGGGGGAGUCCUCAUACUGGGACAGGAACAGGAUACACUCGGCGGGCGUUUCGAUGCCUCCCAGGCUCUCGUUGGAGAAUUAUCCCAGUUCAACCUGUGGGACCGGGUGCUGAAGCCUGCAGAGGUGGCCGCCUUGGCCGAAUGCAGCUCAUCGGCUUUGGGAAACAUCGCCCCCUGGACGGACCAGGAUGUCGAUGUCUAUGGUGGUGCCACCAAGGAGUCCCUGGACCCAUGCCACGCUGCGCAGAGGUCCAGCCUCUCAGGCCCCAAACAGUGAAGGGUGACCAGUGGAAAUCAGCCAGUCAUGGUCCUAUUUGAUCAGCCAACUUCAGAGUCAGACCAGAUGUUUAGAGGUGUAAUAAACAGGAGUUUAGAGCGUAGUUGCCUUUUGGGAGGCGGGAAGGACCAAGAGAUAUUUAUGAUUAAGCUGUAAAGGGUGGCGUAUCUGUUUUGUUCUUUGUGUUGGUGUACACGCUCAUGUGUUUACUUCUGCAGCGAGUGACUCGGUCAUAGACUCACUCCUUUGAAGUCAGCUUGGUAGAUCAGCUUCUGGCAUCAACAGCUUUAAUGGACAUGUGGCAUAAUGGAGGAAAGAUUGGAUCUGAUCAAAUAUCUCUUUAUUACUCAUGCUUUGGACCAUCUCAACUUAAAAAAAAUCACGUAGGCCUACACAAAGACGUGUGUUGUUCUCAUGUCAACGUGGUUGUGUUAAAUGCUACAUGUGAUUUCUGGGAGUGCUGACUUUAUCAUUCAAUCAGAAAGAAAAUGUUCUGUUUUUUCUUAGCUGUUCUGACUGUUGAGUAACGUCUGUGUGAUUUUAAUUUCUCUCUAUUGCAUAACACAACCUAGUGAGAAGAGUUUUUCUUAUAAAUGUUGUAAAGCUGAAUGUAUUCCUGCUAAUGUUGCUCGUGUCUUGUCUGCUGCCCUUGCUGUAAUCCUGCCACACACCUCACGGUGCUGCAGAAAAGCUGCAACCGUUUGGUUUUUAGCUACAAUGCAGCGCUUGCUUCAGAAAUAAACACUUCAUGUCUCUCUGACUGCUAAUCAGAUGCUGGCAUCAUGAUGUGUGUUGAUAAAACCGUGGUACCCUUGAAUGUAAUCCAGAUGGAAUGUGAGUAUGUUUGCACGAGUGUCUUCUGCAAAGCCAUAUUUUCUGCUACUAAAAAAAACAACUUGUUAUUGACAGUGUUAGUGUUCACAGAUGCCACCGCAACAUGCAGAUAUCUUUGUGGGAAAUAAAACAAUUAUUCAAGAUAGGAGUGCUGUACAUGUGGGUUGGUGAGCGUUCAUUCACCUCACACACACACAUGGCCUGUUUCAGUUUAGAGCUGGAACAUGGAGAGGAUUUACGUUCAACAGGUUAAAAAAACUUGUUUUAUCCAAAAAAAAAAACAAGAAAUAAAUGUCAAAAAUGCAUUUGAAAUGCUACAUCA